AUGGCGGCUGCGCGUGGUGGCGGAUCGGCGGGGAGGGUGGGCGACUGGGACGUGGACCUGGGGGAGCGGUGGGACUGGCGCGCAAUCCCACGCCUCCUCUCCUCCGCCUGCAUCUUCAUCUGCUCCGGAGGCUGUUUGGGAUGCUGUCAGGACGCCGUGAGACACGUCGGCGACCUCUCCAAGAGCCUCAUGGCGCACGCCCAGAGCCCCGCGGUCGGGGAGGAGUUCUGGAGCACCACCACCAUCGAGGUUGACCCGGCGGAUCUAAGGGUUUCGACCGUCCACCCGUCCUCGUGGGACCUCGAUCAGCAUGGGGUCGGGAGCAGUCAUAACCCCCACGAGUCUGCCAAUCAUGGUUUUUCUCUUUGGAAACAAACUAGGGAUGAGUGGACUGAUCAUGUAAGGCAGCAACCUGUGGUGAAGCAGAUUCAGGAACCAGUAUUAAGUUGGAAUGCAGCAUACGAGAGUUUGCUUGGAUCAAACAAACCAUUUCCUCAACCUAUCCCUUUACACGAGAUGGUUGAUUUCCUCGUGGACAUCUGGGAACAAGAAGGGCUUUAUGACUAGCGUGAAUGCAUUCCGCAAGAAUAACAUAGGUUUAGGUUUGAUGAGGUAACAGGGGUGUGGCCUGUCAUACUUGUUUUUUGUGAAUGGAGGCCUGUAUGCUUGCUAAAUACAAAUGCUGUGGACUGUGAUGGUUGUGUUGAUAGAAAGAACGGUCAAGAUUUAAUCACUUUGUCGAAUUUGUCAAAGAAAGCAACAGGAGAGAAAGAUGCAUGACACCGACUUGUGGACAUAAAUGUCGUAUGUAUUGAUUGAGAAGUUAGCUUUU